GACAGCGUAGAAAUGACGUAAGCAAUGUCGAGCGAUCCCUAGCGGUAAAAGGGCUCUGUAUCGGCAUCGAUCGCGGAGUGACCCAUAUCUGGCGGUGACGGGAGUUCCUACCCCUGCUAUCGCGUCUCGGUUUACACCGAGGACUAUUCUCUGUCUCCCCACUCUCCUUCUCCCUCUCUCUCUCUCUUUCUCUGUCUCUCUUUCUCUUUGACAACCCCCGUCUGCACAUCUGCCCGGCUUUCGCCCCUUCGAACCUCUUCGGCCCCCUUCGGCCCUCUUCGGACCCCUCGAGCCCCACCAACUACCCUCUCGCACCGUUCCCUCCCGCCACCGCGCCCCUGGCCGAUCGCCUCGUCGCCUCCCCCCCGGCGCCCCGCCGACCCGUCGUCCCAGCGUCACCGUCACCGUCACCGUCACCGGUAGUUUCCCUCUUUCUCUCGUUUUCCCCGGUCAGGAUCCCCUUCCAGGUUCCACACCCCCGCCGGUGUUCAGAUCGGUGUCUACCCCCACCGGCGUGCCACUGGUUUCCCCUUUCUCCGGCGAACGAGGGAAUAUUCCUCCUCCUCCCCCGUUCCCAGCAGCCCUGCCGCCUGCCUUCCACGGUCGAGCAGAUCUUGGGGUUUGUACGGGAUGAUAGCCGAGUGAGAAAGCUCGCGAGUCCCGUGAACGUUUGCUCGUCAGCAGCAGCAGCAGCAGCAGCAGCAGUCCUGGCCUGCCACAAUCGCUUCGAUUCGGUCAUCGUAAGUGUCCGCGCGUUCCGUCAGAAACGAUAUCGAGCCACCGAUCACGAGCGAUCGCAUCAACGAAACUCCCGAACCGAGUAUCGUACUAGACCGAAUGCUAAAGAGGACGAGCCGGAAGGAAAGAGAGAAUCGCACGCCUAAACGUGGGAUCGCCGUGUGCAGCCUGGCAGGCCGCCGCAAAAGCCGCCAAUUAAUUAAGAUAGCUCCUAGAUACACGGUAGAUCGAUAGGGACUGGCCGUGAUAAAGACGGGCGAGGGUUUCAGACUUCAGGGAUGUUGCAGUGCUGUGGUGUUGGAGGUGGCGCUUCCACGGCACCUCAGGCUCCGCAGCUGCAGGAUACCGGAUCUGCUGUCGGGAUUACCACCUCCACGAAAACCACCAUCAUGCAGGACGCGGUUCUCGAAUCUAUCCUCGAGCAAAUGCGUGAGACCGAAGCUCGAAAAGCGGAUUUGGAGCGGCAACGCGUGGAUGCGCAGAAUCAAUUACGCGAAAAGAUAGCGGGCCGCUAUCAGGGCCCGGAAUCGGUCGAAGCGCUCCAAUCGAAGAUACGAGAGCUCGAGAAGAAGAAAGAGUUACAGAUCGUCAGGCACGAAGAAUUGUCGUUGGAGCUGACGAGCCUAAGACGCGCCCGAAGCAGAGGUCCGGUGGUAGGUCACUCGGUGAUGCCGACUUCUUGGCCACCGGCUGGUUCUGAAAUCGACAGAAUAAUAGCAAAUAGAGAACACGAUACUAGCAGAAUGUUGCACGAGUUGGAACAUAGCCGAGGAACCAUUACCACGCAGCAGCCAACGACCACGCAGGGCAUAUUGAGGUCCAGCUCGGAGAAUCUUCCGAAUCUCGGCCAGCAUCAACAACACCCGCCGCAUCCGCACGCCCUGAGCUUAGGAAUGCCGACGCAAAUGGCUCAUUACGCUGGUUCGCCGAUGCCAUUGACGCCGAUGAUGCCGGGUUGUCCGCCGUUGACGCCGAACGGUCCGCCGUAUCACUACAGCGAGCCGAUCCCGCCGGCGCCCUCGCUCUCCACCAGCCAAUCGCAGCCCGUUUUCCAACAAAAGAUGCAAUCGUAUCAGCAACAGCAACCGACCCACGCCGAUCUGCCGAGCUCCCAUUCGCAAAGUGCUUUGCCGUCGCAGCAGAAGCAGCAACAAGCGCACACACACUUUACGAGCAAUCAGUAUCAAGAGAGUUACCCGCAUACGCAAACCUACCACCAGCAGCCGCUUCAACAGCAACAACAGCAGCAACCACCCCAACACCCAGCCUCUACAACGUACCUGACGUCGUCGAGCCAAAGCGUGAUGCCUCAUUACACGCAACCUACCCAGACCGCUCAAACCUAUCAACUGAACGGAAGCCAGCAGUUUUUAUCCGGUCAAUUGUAUGUACAGGCAACAACGUAUCCAAGCUUAUCGAUAACGUCUCAUCCGAACGGGACGUACAGCACCGGGGCGAGUACGUACAGCGGGCCGAUUCCGCAUCACAACUACACGAUACCGCAGACGAGCAUGCCGCAGACCACGUUGUCGUCCCUGCCACCCUACUCGACAAGCUCCUAUCACACGACCCUCGGCCCGCUCACUAGCGUACCUCAAACCGUUCUUCCGUUUUCGAGCGUGCAGAGCAGCUUUGCCAAUAGCGGGUCGACUUACUCCACUGUCGGGACACUCGGGACCAACGUUUUCAGCGCGUCUGGCGUCGGUACAGGCACCAGUUCGACAGGCUUGUUGCAAACGAUAAGCGACCCGUUGCAAGCGAUGCAGCAACUCUCUGCCCAGUCCCAGGCGAACCAGCUUCAACAGCAGGCCAUCAUUCAACAAAUCCAGCAAAGUUUACGCGCCAGCUCGCCGACGACCGGAACCACGAGUCACCAUUACCUUGUGUCGAGGCAGAUGCCGAAGAUACCGAGCAGCAUACUCGCGAACCCCCUGGAUCGACUGACCAACGACAAUAUCGUUUCCGAGGGCCAAGUGGACAUGCUGGACAUACCCGGCAAGGGCAAAUGUUACGUCUACAUAGCUCGUUUCACAUACGAGCCGUUCCAACAUUCGCCGAACGAGAACCCGGAGGCGGAGCUGCCCGUCCAAGGCGGCGAUUACCUUCUGGUUUGGGGGCAGCCGGACGAGGACGGUUUCCUGGACGCGGAGUCUCUCGACGGUAGACGCGGCCUGGUCCCCGCUAAUUUCGUACAAAAAUUAGUCGGCGACGAUCUGUUGGAGUUCCAUCAGGCCGUGUUGGGCCUCAGGGACGUCGACGAUUCUGUUUCCACCAAUAUUCCCCAAGUGAGCAAUUGCUUUCUGCAGGACAUCGAUUUGGAGUUGGCGGCACUCGAGGAAGGGAACCGGAAUCGGCAGGCCGAACUGUCCGCGUACGCCGAGCUGGACAACAUCGCCGAGGAGGACGAGCAGGAGCCACCAGAAGUCUACCUGUUUUCGGACCUAGUUCCGGCGCCGCAGCAUCUCACUCUCGAGCGGCAACUGAACAAGAGCGUCCUGAUCGGCUGGACACCGCCGGAUAACACACAUCAGCUAGAAUCGUAUCACGUCUACGUGGACGGGGUGUUGAAGGUUACCGUGAAAGCUACCGAAAGGACCAGAGCGCUGGUCGAGGGAGUCGACUCCACCAGGCCGCACAGGAUAAGCGUACGUUCGGUGACGCAUUCGAGGAGAACGUCGCGCGACGCCGCGUGCACGAUGGUGAUCGGGAAGGACGUCGCGCUGGGCCCGACCGCGGUCAAGGCGUCGAACGUGACCGCCACCAGCGCCGUGAUAUCCUGGCUGCCGAGCAACAGCAAUCACCAGCACGUGGUCUGCGUGAACAACGUCGAGGUCCGAACCGUGAAGCCCGGCGUUUACAGACACACGAUCACCGGUUUGGCGCCCUCCACCAUCUACAGAGUGACCGUCAAAGCGAAGAAUCUCAGAGCGACCCACUUCGAGGACCAAAACACCCAGACGGCCAACAAUUUAGCGUGCCACGUCCACUUUAAAACGUUACCAAAGGGACUGCCAGAUCCUCCGGUCGAUAUCCAGGUGGAGGCUGGACCGCAGGACGGCACUUUGCUAGUGACCUGGCAGCCUGUUGCCCUAAACGGUUCGGCCGUCACCGGUUACGCGGUGUACGCCGAUGGCAAGAAGGUGACCGACGUGGACAGCCCCACCGGUGACCACGCUCUGGUCGACAUUCACAAACUGAUGGGUCUGAACCCGAAACAUAUCACGGUCCGAACGAAAAGCAGGGAAAGCCAGUCGGGGGACAGCUGCGCUACCGCGAUCCCCUGCAGCGUGCUUCGGAGCGGCACCGCGGUAGGCCCCGCGGCACACCUGCAGCAGCACAUGCAAGACCAAGGUCAGCCGCAGCCGUCCGGCGCGGGACAGCCGGACGAUCCUAACAGGCUUCGCAUGACCAGCGUCGCUCAGAGGUACUCGACGGCGCCGGUGCAGUCCCACGCCAGGAGGCACGGCGUUCCGAGGGUCGACGUCCAUGGCCAAGUGAUCAUCGAGACCGACGAGAAUCUGUCCGACAAAGAAAUUUAUCCUGGCCAGAGCAUGUCCCAUAUGGCAGUUCCAGAAAUCACCAAAGACUCGGCGAGCGAGGCAAAUUACAGCGAAGAAGAUGAUCCGUUGCGGCGAGUACGGGGCAUGCCAAUGCAUCACGCCGCUCAUUCUCGAUACGGUCCGCAAAUGGGGCAACAGGGACUGGCCGGAACCCACAGAACCGGCAGAAUGGGUUCCGGUAGUCACGGCGGACCGGGUGGUACCAGACCACAAGAUCCGUAUUACGAUCAAUCGGCGAACCAACGUGGCAGAAACGUCGUCUGCCGGGGUGGACGUGGAACGCAAGCCCAAGGUGGAGCCGGUCAUCCGUCGAGCAGCGGUCAACAGAUCAACAAGAGGAUCCGGUGGUUCGUCGCGUUGUUCGAUUACAAUCCGAAGAUCAUGUCUCCCAAUCCGGAUGCUUGCGAGGACGAGCUAUCAUUCUCCAACGGCGACACGAUCAAGGUCUACGGCGAGAAAGACGCGGACGGCUUUUAUUGGGGCGAGUGUCGCGGCAGGCAAGGUUACAUCCCUUGCAACAUGGUGCAAGAGAUCGACGACUCGAGCCAACCGGGUCACGGUCAAAGCGGGAGGAGAAGCAGAUGGGGAGACAUUUACGCCAGUAUGCCCGUCAAGAAGAUGAUCGCUCUCUACGACUACGACCCGCACGAGUUGUCCCCGAACGUCGACGCGCAAGUGGAGUUGACGUUUCGGGCCGGAAACGAGAUUUACGUUUACGGCGACUUGGACGACGACGGUUUCUAUAUGGGCGAAUUGAACGGCGUACGCGGUCUAGUUCCGAGCAACUUCCUCAGCGAAGCGGCCGACCAAUCGGCGCAGGGUCAACUUCCGCCGGGGAGCAGGAGACCGCCCGGUCAAAGCCAGGGACUCGGGGCGAGAGGGCCGCCUCCCCCGCCGCGGCAACCCCCGUUACCCGGACACCGACGAAGCGAAGAUGCCUGCAUUGUGCCUGUGUCUGUCCCUGUCUGUCACUUAGACUCUAGACAACAACAACAACAACCAUCACUAAUGAACAACCAACAACAUCAACUCCAACAUCAACAAAACAAUCCACCGCAUCUAGCGUACCAACAAGCGAAUCACCACAGCUACACGACUGUAACCACGUCCAACCAACAUGGGCCCACUCCCAUGGGUGCCCAUCAGCAAGGUCCCGUACCACUUCACCUUCAACAGCAGGGGAAGGGGAGGGCAGGCGUGAUCAAUCGUGGUAGCAACGCACCCGGAGGAAUGCAGGGCCCUGGGCAGCACAUGCAACAGCAACCGGACUAUCAACAGCAGCAGAGUCAGCCGUACCAGCAACAGCAACAACAGCCGAACCAACAGAAUCAAAGCUAUCAGCAGCAGCAACUCCAACAGCAACUACAGCAGCAGCUCCAGCAUCAGCAUCAGCAUCCGCAAGGUCAGGGCUACCAGCAGCAGGCCGCGGGAUUCGGCCAGCAAGGACAGCAGUUCCAGCAACCGCAGUCGCAGCAGCAGCAGCAGCAACAACAACAGCAACAACAACCGCAGCAGCAGCAACAGCAACCGAUUCAGAAUUCGACGAUGCAGAGCGGUCAGAGCACGAGCAAACCGAUGAGAGGAAUACCGACCGUGUUGCCGACCGUUCAGCCCAAGGCGCAGCAGAACCCCGUACAAGGCCAACAGCCGCAACAACAGCAGCAACAGCAACAACAGCAAAGCACAGGCCCGAAUCUGAUGCAGAAAUUCACGGAGAUCACCGGAGCGAGCACUGGCGGCGAUAUCCUCACGAAAGGGAAGGAACUGAUUUUCAUGAAGUUUGGCCUCAGCAAAUGAGCCAUUACCCUGCUCGUGUUCGCUGACUCCGCUUCCUUUCCCAUCCUCCUCCGUUUAUCCUACCGCUUUCGAUAGGACCCGGACGAGUCACUAUUACCCGAUUGCGGAGAAUCGAUGAUUACGCCCAAAAGCGAGCGAGACGCGCAGGCAGGAACCUACGAAAUGCGUCUCGUCCGAUCAGGUCUUCGCGAAUCACUCUCAAACGGCACGAUACGAUACGGCACGCCACGGUACGGUACGGUACGAUACGAUACGAUACGAUACGAUACGAUACGAUACGAUACGACACGAUACGAUACGAUACAGUACAAUACGAUACGAUACGAAACGAUGCGAUACAAUAACGGAAGAUAAGCUGGAACGCGAUGCGACGUGAUCCGAUGCGAUACAAACACAAAUACAAAUACGGAAUACAAAUACAAAACACAAACACGUGCGCUGCCACUGCUGCUGCUGCUGCUGCUGCUGCUAAUGGCAUCGAUGCUCUUGACCCUAUUAACGCUACCGAUCGCUUCGGUUCAUCGUUUCUUCGAUCGAAAAAAGUUUUAUUCGUAGAAGCGAACGGAGUCGAGUUUACACCUUUCCCGAGUCGUUUCUAUCUCGAAUCACGAGGCCAAUCUCCUUCCAGGCUGCGAGUCAACAAUCUUCUGGUCUAGUAUUUUUUAACGAUGUGUCGUUUGCGAACAUUAUUCAACGAAUCAAAUCCGUGAUCAGCGAUCCGCGAGCCAGCACGGAAGGUCAAAGAUCAGAUCGUCGCGGCUACUAUCGCAAACAGAAGAUCCGGCUCGAAAUCAGAUCGGAAUCUAGUAUUGCAAACAGAAGAUCCGGGGUCGAAACCAGAUCGUUGCUCGCAACGCGGCCGGUACGGUACUCCGUUUUUCUUCUUCGCUAAUCAUUCUCUUUUCGCGCGUUCUCCAUCACGUUCACGUACAAUGGUGACAAAACACAGAGUUCAAGAUACCGUUGAAAAUGAUUUUUGGUUCGCUGGCAGAUGUGACGUAUCUUAUUCCGAGAGUGUAUGUUAUCAUAGAAUAUUAUCAAUUGUAAAUAUCUGUUCAGGUAUACGAGUAAUCGACUAGCGGCCCGUCAAUUUGUCGAUUGACGUGAAACCGAACGAUUCUUGAUAGUUGACCGCGUUAAUCGCGAUUCAGCAACAGACACCGCGAUCCGAGGAGCUCGGCUUGACGAACGCGCGCGCGACAACGUCGCGAUCGAGCAGAAUCCGGGCGGAAUUCGUUUAAUCGCGAACAUUGAUUUUCCGAUAUUCUCUAUUCUAGAACAAAUUGUAGACGCUAACCGUAACGAACGUAAAAAUCGUAAACAUCGUAAGAAUCGUAAAGAUCGUAAAAAUCGUAAAUAUCGUGAAGAUCGUAAAAAUCGUAAAGGCCGUAAAAAUCGUGAAAAGAUAUUGUCUCUCAUAUUCCUACUCGUGAAUCUACUCGAGACGACGCCAGGGACGAUCGAGAUCCGGAACUCGGGAUCGAAAUUCGUGAUCCGACGUUUCGGAUGUUUCUUCGUGGAAGCAAGAGACUCGAACAAUUUCGCGACUCGGUUGAGAUCGCGCGAGGCCGGACAACCGCGACAUAACAGUAAAAACUUCGCGAAGAACUUUGUUAAUACAAGAUACCGUUCGAACAUGUAGCAUGUACAGCCCAGCCAGGCGCAAUCUAUCUAAUCCGGAAUGUUUAUAAUUUACCAAUUCCCGAAUCAAAUUGAACCGUAUUGUCGUGUUAACGUACAUAUAUACACACACGCGUACAGGCAUACACCCGAUACAUAGCUGUAUACAACCAUACAUACUUACAUACGCAUACGCACGUGCGCGAACGAAUUAGCUAAUUGAUGCACGUUGGACACGAUGGCGACUCGCGAUUUCUAUGCGCGAUCCAUCAUCAUCCUCUAACGGCACGGAAGACGCCGCGUAUCGUUUGUGAAACAACAGAGGGGCGGGGCGGGGCGGAGCGGGGCGGGGCGAUAAUAGGAACGAUGCAGAUGCAGAUGCGGAUGCAGAUACAAAUACAGAUACAGAUACAAAUACAAGUGCAAAAAAGCAAAUAUAGAUAUAUACGAGUACGUACAUACAAUCAUAUACAUAUGUAUAUGUAUACAUGUAUACGGAUACAGAUGCAUACCUGUACACGUGUGUUUGCGUGUACAAAUAGAUACGUAUGUAUAUGUACAAUGUACAUGUAUAUGUAUUGUGUAUUACGUGUAUGUAUACGUGUAUACGUAUUUAUACGUGUAUACAUGUGUACAUAUUAUAUCAAACUGUCGCAAAACAUUGUUACAUCGCCACUUGUAUUUUGUACACAAAUGAUCGUUGACCCUCGAUGGUUCUAUUAGUUUCGUCGCUACCGGCAGAUGCAUGUCCUGGUCGUGUGUUCCGUUAUAAUAUGUAGAUACACGUCGACGGCGAAAGGAGCUAAUCGAAUUUCAAACGAAUCUCGCCAGCAAUCGUUUCGAGUAGAACGAUAGAACUCGUCGGAAUCGUUACGACCAAAUAACCACGUAUACUCGUUCGCCUGUUGUUUGCCGCUUGAUUGCUACCGGUGACGGCAGCGUGCAAGCCGGCAACUUGCGGCGAUAUACGAGGAUAAAAGUAUACGAGAACCUUGGACUCCUUUCAUCGGUAACAAGACAAUUCGAAAUUGGUAUUCGCCUCGUUCCUGCAAUUCCAUUUGUUCCGCUCUAGCAUAUUCGUCCGUCACCGGUUGUAGUUUGUAACACCUGUUCGACGAUUCGGGUGACUUUUUUUACGAGUUCGCUACCUCGGAAACUUCUCUAACGGUGAAUCGUAAAAAAGCGAUCGAGACAUCCUGUCGGAGAUGAAGCGAGAACGUUUUCGUGGCUCUACUCAAUUCGGUGGAUCUGAUCCAACGAAACUGCUCGACAACACCCAAGUCGAACCGUUUUCGUUCGCUCGAGUUUUUGCUACGCGGUACGUGAAACCAGCAAUUUGUUGGCACGCGGGACGACCAGUUCACGAUUCAUGAUUCACGAAACUAGGAUGUUUAGUUGCCCAUCUUCGUCGUACGUUCGUUAGUCGGAUUUGAAUAGUGUCGUCGCCAAGCUAGCUCUCUCCGAGCAUUCGUGUACCCGCGAAAAACAGACCAAACCUAGUCGCGUCGCGUAACUUCAACUCCACGAAAUGUUUCGAAUAGCUUGUUUCGCCUCGACGACAUAGCUCCUAUCUGUUUCCAAGUGAACGAUCGACAAUUAUCACGAGCAACAUCGAGGAAAAUCAAAUAAAUUAUUCUCCGUUGGCCAAAUCA